AUGGAUCCCAUCAUCGCAGACCAGGAAUUCACAGAAGAAUCUCCGUCAUACGAUCAUUGCCUGGCCGAAUCCGUUCCUAUUGCGACCUCAUCUUCCAGCCCUUCGGACCCGUGGAGACCGUUCGCCAACACUCCACCACUUCAGGGGCCGGGAAACACCCUCGAACGAGUCUUCUCAGCGCCGGCGAGGGACAUUAAGGAACAACCCGGCCCGGAGGAGAUACCGCCCGAGUACACCCGCCAGGACCCCAACGACAAUCAUUAUGCACUUCGCGCACCCUUCAUCUUGUCCGCCGCAACUGCGACGGGACCGCUUGUUCCUCGGUUCCAUCUCUCUCAGCUUCGGUCUGGCACGAAUCAGCCGUACAAGCUCAGUAUGAGGCGGCUCACGACCAACGAGAGCCGACGGCUUUCGCUGUCAGAGAGCAGCGCAGCGAAGAUAGACUACGACGACGACCUGACUGUGUAUCUCAUCGCUAACACCCACGCGUUAGCCGCCUGGGCAUCGCCCGACAUUGAGAUCAAAGGGUGCAAAGCGCGGACACUGCAGGGUUCCGUAGAGCUCAAGAGGACUGCGACAGCGUACCAAUUUUGGCACGUCACGAAACCUUUUGCCAACGACAUGCUAAGGCCCGAGAACGAGCGCAGGUUGGCCAAGUAUGGCUACCAUGCGGAUGAGGAGCUGAAUCGUGAGCUUUUAUUUGCGGCCGAGUCGGUGGCACUGCUGUCAAAAGACAGGUGGUGGAAAGACGGCGACGGGGUGUGUGUGGCGGAGGAGACGAAAGUCACAAAUCAGUGA